AUGUCCCUGACAUCCUCCUCUCCGCUGACCUGCGCCCAGUCCGCGUCUCUCGCCAGCCACACGCUGUCGAUCCUCCCGCUCUCGUCCCGAAAUGCCGCCCUCACAGCCAUCCACACGGCGCUGCAGGAAAACAAGUCCGCCAUCCUGGCCGCCAACGCCACAGACAUGACCUUGGCGCACCAGGCCUCGGCAAACGGCGAACUUAGCCAGAGCGUGCUCAAGCGCCUGGACCUCUCCCGGCCAGGCAAGUACGAGGACAUGUUGAAAGGGAUCCUCGACGUGCGCGACCUCCCGGACCCGAUAGGGAGGGUCGAUCUCCGCACGAGACUCGACGACGGACUCGAGCUCGAGCGCGUCUCCUGCCCGAUCGGCGUCCUGCUGAUCAUCUUCGAGGCGCGGCCCGAAGUCAUCGCCAACAUUUCGGCACUGGCGAUCAAGUCCGGCAACGCGGCGAUCCUGAAGGGCGGCAAGGAAUCGAGCCAGUCGUUCGAGGCCAUCGCGCGCGUCAUCUCCCACGCGCUGGCUGGCACGGAGGUGCCGAGCGACGCGAUCCAGCUCGUCAAGACGCGGGAUGUCAUCGACGACCUGCUGGCCCUGGACAGGUACAUCGACCUGGUGAUCCCGCGCGGCGGCAACGACCUGGUCCGCUAUGUGAAAGAGCACACGAAGAUCCCCGUGCUCGGCCACGCCGACGGCCUGUGUUCCGUGUACCUGCACAAGGACGCCGCGCAGAUCAAAGACACGGCCGUCAACGUGGUGGUCGACUCCAAGUGCGACUAUCCCGCGGCGUGCAACGCCACGGAAACGCUCCUCGUGCACGAAUCCGUGCUGACGACCGUGUUGCCCGACGUGGCGACCGCGCUGCUCAACAAGGGCGUGAGCCUGCGGUGUGACGCGAAGUCCAAGGCCGCGUUGAACGAGACCCUCACCAAAAGCCAAGCCGCGCUGCUACAAGACGCCCGUGCCGAGGACUACGACACGGAGUUUCUGGACCUGAUCAUCGCGGUGAAGACGGUGCCUGACGCGCACGACCCCUCGCUCCUGGCCGCCAUAGCACACCUCAACGCCCACUCCAGCCACCAUACCGACUGCAUCGUGACCGCGUCGGCGGCUGCGGCGGAGAAGUUCCUCUCGGCAGUGGAUUCGGCGGGCGUGUACUGGAACGCGUCGACCCGAUUUGCGGACGGCAUGCGCUACGGCUUCGGCACCGAGGUCGGGAUAUCGACGAACAAGAUCCACAGCAGGGGUCCCGUGGGACUGGAGGGUUUGACCAUUUACAAGUAUAAGCUGAGGGGGAAGGGGCAGGGCGCAGGGGAGUACGGGGAUGGAGAAGGGAAGAGGAAGUUUAUGCAUGAGAAGAUGGAGGUUUAG